UAAAGGUGUUUAUGUACCAUACAUACUUGGUAACGCAUGCAGUCUUUGGGCAGCCCGUUUUAACUGAAUGUAUUUUUGUUGCCAUCAAAGGAGUCAGAUAAACGUUGAAACUAGCAUUUAGUUUUUUUGCGCAAUUAAUGUGCAUGACAUUUGAAAACGGAACUAGCGUAAGGGUUCCUACUCCACCCCCUGAAGUGUGGCUUUCCUUUCAACGUAGUUUAUUAUCAGAACCAUGACCACGUGCUCUUGGUUGUUGUUAUUUUGACAAAUUGAGGCGUGCUGGAUACGAGAGUAGAUUGCAGAUGGAAUAUUGAAAUAACCUUGUGUGCAUACCAUUGUGUUCGUUUGCAUAGUGAUUUUGGAAUUAAGUAUCGUUGGCAGAUAGCUGGUGAAAAAAAUGGUAUAGUAUGUUGUUUGCGGCACUUCGUGUGAUUGGUAGCAUUCUAUUAGUUGUUGCACAAGAGGAUUACGCCACCACAACGGAGGAGAUUAUCCAAUGUGACCCGCCCUGGGAACGCGUCCACCGCGCAUGUCUGCGCUUUAACACAACAAACUUCCGGUCUUGGACGGAAGCGCGCGAAGAAUGCAAGACGCUCGGUGCAGAUCUUCUUGUCAUCAGCGACGCAUCAGAAUUUGAUGCCUUGGGGAAACCUCUUAAAAGCAAAAUCACAAGUCAGCUGUUAUUGAAAUGGUGGGUGGGGUUAGAGCUACGCAAAGAAAACGUGGACGAAGAAAUACGAUCCUCCUGGACAUGGGUUGAUGGAACAUCGUACAUCAGGGGACUUCCGUAUUGGGCCCCUGGUGAACCCAAUGGCGCAAGGUCCACAUCCGCUGCUGAAGACUGCGUAGUCCUGGACUAUCAGACUAAAAUCAAAGACGAUGACUGCAAAAGAAGCUUCCCUUACAUAUGCGAGCAGAACAGAGUGUCACCAAAGCCGAGCACAUAUUCUCCAACCAGGACCACAACAUCUUCGUCAACCUCGACUGUUGCCCCUGCACCAAAAAGAACAUCUUCGACACCAACGCUUGCUUUGACCAAAACCGCAGGUAAUGUCCAUACUACCACAAUCGGAUACCAGAGGAAUACAUCUUCUAACAAUCUGAGCAAUAAACAAACUGAGCAACCAAGAAAUAAGACAACGGAGACACCGGUCAGUAAUCCCACGAAUUUCCCGGGACAUGCAACAACAGAGAAUCCGCGAAGUACACGAACAGACAAUACGGGGAAUAAACAUACAGAUAAUCCGAAAAAUAAACCAACUUACCAUCCGGGAAAUAAUUUUACUGAAAAUCCGGAUAAUAAAUCAACCAAUAUUGCAGAGAGCAUGGAACUGGAAACGACAACUGUGAAGUCCAACGGAAUGCCUGAUAAUCCCGAGAAAGAAAACGACCUUUUUCAGGGCUGUUACAGUGUGAACUACGAAGGGACAUGCCCGCCGGUGUUGGCAUUCGGAAUAUCCUGGCCCCGUGGCGAGGCAGACCGCGUGGUUACAGUGCCGUGCGAAAACGGAGAGGCCACCUGGCAGUGCUCGCGCUCCCUGGUGGUGUGUUGGCGAGGGGAACCCAAUGUCCACCAGUGUACCAGCGACACUAUCCGGGAACUUACCACCAAAAUGGACGAAUUUCUGUCGGAUAAAGCGAAUGCAGAGCCCGCGGUGUCGUUCACGGAGACUCUGGCGGCGGUAUCGUCGGCCCCUGGUGCCAUGUCGCAGCAGGACCUCUACCAGUCCACGGUUCUCAUGCAGGCGGCGGCACAGGCACGACCCGGAAACGCAUCUCAGGCUAAAGCUAUAAUCACGAACGUCUUAAAAUUCGGUAACAACCUGAUGGCCGAAGACAAGCGGGCGAUAUGGUCAUCGAUGGAAGCAGGAAACCAGCGGACUGUUGCCGCCUCCCUUGUGCGCUCUGUAGAGAACGUUGCCAUGGCGAUGUUGGAGGUGUACCGGGAACCGGGCGUGGAGAAAAUCAGGGUGGCGAAUAUGGGUGUUGAGCUGCACGUGGUGGCUGUCGACCACUUCCUGCCACCAAGCACCGUACAGUACCAAGGCGACGAGAACGCAUUCGCCGUUCCGGGCGAAAACUUGGUAGCAUUCGCGAAAGACGGUCUAGCAAAGAUCGUCUUCAUUGAAUACACCAACAUGGAUGAAUUGCUGAAGCCGGAAGUUACGUCAUCGGGAGACCAAUUUGAGAAACGCGUGAUCAGUCACGUAGUGAGCGCCGCCAUCGGAGACAAGCCACCAGGGACACAACUACAGAAGCCCGUCACGUUCACUUUCAAAACGGAAAAUAGAGGAAAUGGUGCGCCAUACAAGCAACAAUGUUCGUUUUGGAAUUUCAGUAUUGGGUUUUCAGGGGGCUGGUCACAAAAGGGGUGUACCUUGGACAAGUAUAACUCCACCCAUACAACAUGCCGCUGUGAUCACAUGACCAACUUUGCCAUCCUCAUGGAUAUACACAGCACUAAGAUAUCAGAUGUUCACGUGAUGACCCUCUCCUACAUCACCUACGUUGGCAUCAUCAUCUCAGUCGUCUGCUGUUUCCUCAGCUGGCUCACCUUCGUCUGCUUAAGCUGUCGCUGUGUUCGUGGAUAUCGGGGGAGUAACGAAGAUCGGGGGAACAGUGCGGGAAGCUAUUACGGCGGUUCGGCCGCCUCCCGUUCAGUUCAGAGUGAGAGAAACUCGAUCCACAAGCACCUUGUAUUCACCCUAUUUGUCGCAGAGAUCCUUUUCCUAGCGGGGAUAGAAAGGACAGAGCCAAAGAUCGCGUGUUCCAUCAUCGCUGGGUUCCUGCACUUCUUCUUCCUGUCCAGUUUUUGUUGGAUGUUCGUGGAAGGCAUCCACAUCCUUUUCAUGCUCGUGCAGGUGUUCGACGCCGCCAAGUCCCGGAUUAAGUAUUACUACCUUCUUGGCUAUGGCGUCCCAACUUUGAUUGUUGGAAUCUCCGCUUUGGUGCGCUACGAGGGAUAUGGGACUCCGAGAUACUGCUGGUUGACGACAGAGAGAUGGUUCAUCUGGAGUUUUGCUGGACCUGUGUCAUUCAUAUUGCUAGUCAAUAUGAUGAUUCUUAUCUACGCCAUGUCUGCAGUGUGCAAGCAUGCAGAGUACGUGUUCACCAAAGAAAAAACACCAACUGGUAAUCUUAAGAUUGUAGAGCUGCCAUCAUUUGUGGUUCAAAUGAAGGAACACGUGGAACAACACAAAGCAUGGAUCCAAGGGGCGCUUGCUCUAGAGGUUCUUCUAGGCCUUACGUGGGUGUUUGGGUAUUUCUACAUCAGCGAGGCCGCCCUUCCUGUGGCCUAUCUGUUUACCAUCUUCAACAGUCUUCAGGGUCUUUUCAUCUUCGUCUUUCAUUGUAUUCUUAAUAAAAAGGUUCGCAAAGAAUACCAGCGGUUCAUAGAUUACCCCAGGCGGCCAAACUCAAGUGGUACUCACUCAUCCAGAGCCAAUGGUUCCGGGCCCAGUCAUACUUUCCAUUUGGCGGCGCCAGCGCGGAAACACUCUGGACCCGGCUUCAUGGAAAUCUCUAAGUCCGCAGAUAGCAGACGACAGUCGUCAACCGAUGCAUGAAACCGGAACCAAUUCGAUGGCAUUAUGAUAAAUCGCUUAACAGGAACUGGUUAUAUAACGUCACAUAUAUGGUGACAUGAUGAGAUAAAACGAGAAAUCGGAAUAUAUAAAUUUGUAUAGACCAGUGGGAUCAUUUGAGAAUUUACGAUGAUACACGAUGAAGUGAUGAUUAUUAUUUUCUGCAAUUAGUGAUAUGCUACCUUUCAUCUUAGAAAAACUCGUGACUGAAAAACGAAGCCUACUUCACGGAGAAUGAUAUUUGUACCAAGAAUGCAUACAACUAUGUUCUUAAACGAACUAUGAAGGAACGAACACAUUUCUUUUCUGACACUUCUUUGUAUGAAGCACAGUAAAAUCUGCAUAUCUGCCAUUACAGACAGUCCAGAUGCUAGUGUACUACACAUUGUUAGAACCCAAUACAGGACAAUUAUCAAUAGUACCAACCAUAAUAAUGAAUGUGCUACUUGUUAAUACCCCUAUUUACCAUUGACAUAAUUAGUCGCGGAAAAGGAUUAAUUGCUUAUAUGUGUAGCGCAUCAAGUAUCUCAAUCAUCAUUGUAUUUAAUAGUAUAUCAAUGUACACACUGUCUUUUGGCGUAAACAAGUUGUGUGUUUCCACUGUCCCGAACUACUAUAAUUUUCGGUAUUCCAUCAUUCCUUGUUUAGUUUUUGAUUGCUUACCUUUUACAUGUACAUAAAUAUAUCUUGCAAAGGAAUUUAAACUAUUUUGGUCACCGAAAAGCCUUAUUAAAUUUUAAGUGCGUAUAGAAGAAACAUACGAAUAAUGACAUUUUGACAGAUUUUUCUCUUCUUGGUUACGUUUGUGGAAACACACAACCAAUUGUGUUGUGCCUUUUGGCGAUUGAGUUAAACGUAUGUCUAUCAAAACCUUCAUAUGCUUACUAUUUACAAUUGUGUAUGUUGAUGUAGAUUUUGUAAAACCCACUUGUUUUUUAAUGAAACACGUAACUUGUAUCUUCUUGUGCAACUUCAUUAGUAUGUUUUUUUUUGUACAAAAAUGUUAUACACUAAUUGCAAUAUAAAUAAUAUAUUGUGCUUUGUCCACGCAUGUUGCCCCAUGCCAAAUAAAUCCAUGACACAUUC